UAAAGAUGCUGACUACCACCCCUGGUGUUCGCGAGUUCGAAUCCCAGGGCGUGCUGUGUGACUCCAUCCAGGUCUCCUAAGCAACCAAAUUGGCCCGGUUGCUAGAGAGGGUAGAGUCACAUGUGGUAACCUCCUUGUGGUCAUUAUAAUGUGGUUCGCUGUCGGUGGGGCGCAUGGUGAGUUGUGCAUGGAUGCCGUGGUGGAUGGUGUUAAGCCUCCACACGCUAUGUCUCCGCGGUAAUGCGCUCAACAAGCCACGUGAUAAGAUGCGCGGGUUGACUGUCUCAGUUGCGGAGGCAACUGAGACUCGUCCUCUGCCACCCGGAUUGAGGCGAGUUACUACGCCACCAAGAGGACUUAGAGCACACUGGGAAUUGGCCGUUCCACAUUGGGAAGAAAAAGGGGAGAAGAAAAUAAUGCUCAUUAAUGUGAUGGAAACGCAAAACGAUUAUGUGUUUUGACCAUUCUUGCACUUGUUAUGAGUGUGUGAUGGCUUGGUGUGACUGGCCCAACGAAUUGACAGACCUUGGCACACAAUUCUUUGAACACAGCUUUUGACAUUCGGAAAUGUUUAAUCCACAGCUGAUCUUCAAAGUGGGUCCUCACAAUCCACCAGAACAGUUUUGAGCAUGGGCGCUCCCGAGUCCAUGGCAUGUGAAGGCAUUUCAGCCCACAUUGUAUCAGAUUAUUCUGCGGGAUCUCCGGGCAUCAUUAAUAACCAUUGAAAAUAAAAAAACACAGAUUCUAUUUAAGCCCCUGGAUGUCAACUGCAUCUCCAUUCUUUUUUAAAAAAAUAUAUAAUUAUUUUGAAAAUACAUUGUGAACAUUCAUGAUUUUAUUUAAUAACUAUACUGAAAUGAUAGACUAUAUGUUUCAGUUGAAACCUUGCUCAUAAGCAUAGUGAAUAAAUGUGUACUUAUUUUAAAAUUCUUUCUAGUUUAAUUCUAAAGGUAAAGAGGAUGGUGUGGAGUACAGAAAACAUUUACUAUAUACAGUUGAAGUCAGAAGUCUACAUACAAUUAGGUUGAAGUCAUUAAAACAAAUUUUUUAACCACUCCACAGAUUUAAUAUUACUACUUUGUCUCCACUUUGUGCAUAACACAAGUAAUUUUUCCAGUAAUUGUUUACAGACAGAUUGUUUCACUUUUAAUUGACUGUAUCACAAUUCCAGUGGGUCAAAAGUUUACAUACACUAAGUUAACUGUGCCUUUAAGCAGCUUGGAAAAUUCCAGAAAAUGAUGUCAUGCCUUUAGACAAUUAGCUUCUGAUAUUAGGUGUACUGAAUUGGAGGUGUACCUGUGGAUGUAUUUUAAGGUCUACCUGCAAAAGUGCCUCUUUGCUUGACAUCAUGGGAACAUCAAAAAGAUAUCAGCCAAGACCUCAGAAAAAAAAUUUGUGGACCUCCACAAGUCUGGUUCAUCCUUGGGAGCAAUUUCAAAACGUCUGAAGGUACCAUGUCCAUCUGUACAAACAACAGUACGCAAGUAUAAACACCAUGGAAGCACGCAGCCAUCAUACCACUCAGAAAGGAGAUUCAUUCUGUCUCCUAGAGAUGAGUGUAGUUUGGUGUGAAAAGUGCAAAUCAAUCCCAGAACAACAGCUAAGGACCUUGUGAAGAUGCUGGAGGAAACAGUUAGGCAAGUAUCUAUAUCCACAGUAAAACAAGUCCUAUAUCGACAUAACCUGAAAGGCUGCUCAGCAAGGAAGAAGCCACUGCUCCAAAACUGCCAUAAAAAAGCCAGACUACAGUUUGCAAGUGCACAUGGGGACAAAGAUCUUACUUUUUGGUAAGUAAUUUCCUCUGGUCUGAUGAAAUAAAAAUUGAACUUUUUGGCCAUAAUGAUGAUGGUAUGUUUGGAGGAAAAAGGCUGAGGCUUGCAAGCUAAAGAUCACCAUCCCAACCAUGAAGCAUGGGGAUGGCAGCAUCAUGUUGUGGGGGUGCUUCACAAAAUAGAUGGCAUUAUGAGGAAGGAAAAUUACGUGGAUAUAUUGAAGCAACAUCUCAAGACAAGUUAAAGCUUAGUCGCAAAUGGGUCUUCCAAAUGGACAAUUACCCCAAGCAUACCUCCAAAGUUGUAGCAAAAUGACUUAAGGACAACAAAGUCAAGGUAUUGGAGUGGCCAUCACAAAGCCCUGACCUCAAUCUGAGCAGAACUGAAAAAGCUUGUGCGAGCAAGGAAGCCAAUAAACCUGACUCAGUUACACCAGUUCUGUCUGGAGGAAUGGGCCAAAAUUCCAGCAACUUAUUGUGAGAAGCUUGUGGAAGGCUACCCAAAAAAUUUGACCCAAGUUAAACAGUAUAAAGGCAAUGCUAUCAAAUACUAACAAAUUGUAUGUAAACUUCUGACCCACUGGGAAUGUGAUGAAAGAAAUAAAAGCUGAAAUAAAUAAUGCUCUCUACUAUUAUUCUGACAUUUUACAUUCUUAAAAUAAAGUAGUGAUCCUAACUGACCUAAGACAGGGAAUGUUUUCUGCCAUUAAAUGUCAGGAAUCGUGAAAAACUGAGUUUAAAUGUAUUUGGCUAAAGUGUAUGUAAACUUCUGACUUCAACUGUACAUGUGAACUGAUAGCUCAGUGGGUGUGUUUUUGCCUUUCAGGCCAGAGGUUGCAGGAUCGAAACUCUCUUCUUUAUCUUGUUUGUACGUGUAGUAAGUCAAAUGCAUCCAGCAGACAAACUAUAUGCCUUAAUUGUAUAAAUACACAUUUGACCACAUAUACUGUAAAUAGUAAUAUUUGAUAUCGUUAAAGUUAAUUUCAAUGUUCAAAACAAAUGCAGACAUUAUUUCAGCAUUGCAUGGUUUUUGUUUGCAUUUCAUUCCAUUUUGCGUUGUGGCUGGUGUUGAUUCUGUGUCCUAUGUACUGCAUAAUAUUUAUAUAUUUCCUCUUAUAUUUGUCACCACAAUUGUGUUUUAAAAGGUAAAACCAUAGGCGGUAAGUAGCAUAGGGCGGCAGCGUUCAUGGUUGCAUGAUAAAGAUUAUGAUUCAACUUAAUUACAUUAAUACAGAACAAUAGCGUGAGAGUAGUUUACUUGUAUUUUCCCAAAAAUCUGGGUGAAAAUUUAAACAGCCAAAUCUCCAAUCUUUUGAAGCAUCACAGCCCCCUGCAUCACCUUUGUCUGUGUUCGCAUGGGGGAUGGGAAACACCAAAAGUAGACAGCCACCUCGAGCAUUCGAUUGUGUCAUCUGAGAACUGUUACCUCAACCAGAGACUUUUUAGCAGAGACGUGUCACUCCUAUUUAAAUGAAUGGGAGAAAUUGGAACACCCAACCAAGAAGCUCUGAGCACCCAACAGUCAACGGAUGUAGAAAGGUAGUCCAGCCUUACAGGUUAAAGAGCCAAUCACCUUUUAGAUGCAGACAUCACCUGUCAAUCAACGCACUAAUGCGCAUGCACACUAGCUAUACAAGCCGUGAAAAUGUUGCGUUUUAGUGUAAAAUUAGGUAAAGCAGCACAAUUUAUGAUUAAAAUAUUAUCAAAUUGUAUUGCUGAUUUGAAAUAUGUUCUUUGAUUGUAAUCUUGACCAACGGUUUUUGAGAUUUCUGUCUUUCCCCGUUCAAGUAGAUAGGAUUUUCCCCAUUCAAGUAAAUAGGAGCUGCACUGUCAUGACUGGAAAUAGCCUCCCGAGAGUGUUCCAAAAAUGGUUGACAGUGGACUGACUUGCUAGAAAGACAUUGCCUCAACUUUUUGAAGUAAAAUGUACUCAACUGACAUGUGAUAUGCCAUUAUUACAUACAGUAUACACGCAUUUAUUCACAUAAAUAUUAAUAUUUGAUAUAGAUGUCUUAAAAGUCAAUUAAACAUUUAAAACAAAUGCUAAGACAUACUUUCAGCAUUUAAAGGUUAUUUCAUUUUUUAAGCCAUAUAUGUUAAUGUUUAUCAAAGGAAGAGUCUGUCUUCGCUGCUGAUGUCAUGACAUGGGAAGAAAAGUGGUUUGGGAAAAGCCGAAUUUGAACCCGCCUCACAAUCAUAAUUAGCACCAUAAACUGACACUGUACUGAUCACGCAAUGUCUAAGAUAAUAAUUACAUUUGACCAAGAUGCUGAGAUCCCGAGCCAGAGAAAACACUCUCCUCACUUCAGGCCUCCGAUCAUUGAAAUGGGGAUGAAACACAGAUCUGGCCUCCUUAAGGCUCCUUAAGGUAACAACUGCAGGUUACCACUUUUUUACAGUGCAACAGAUAGGUUUGGCUUAACUAUCCUUUGAUUCAGAGAAAAAUAAUUCACCCACGUAUUACAUGGGUGGAGUGUGACUGUGUUGAAUUUCUUUGCUUCAUUAGAUUAUAUAAGACCUGCUCCUUGUUUUUUAUUAUUUCAUCUUCUCCUUCAACCUAUUUAUAGCCUGCCUGCAUUCAUGUAUAAUCUUUAAAUGAGCCAUUUGAGACUGGACUAUUUUUUGAAUGCCAAAUUCUGGAACUUGAUUGUUUUGUAAUCUACAAUAUGUCAGUUUUGUGUUGUGUUUGUUUAAACUCUGGAUUCAUGUUUUUUGUUGCAAAUUAUUGUCACUAAAUGUCUAAAGAACUUCUUUUGCUCAUUUGUUAAAUUAUUUUUAUAACAAACGUUGCACCUCCAUUCCACAUAGUGAUCAUAGAUCACCCCUGCAGUGAAGACACUACCACAGUUUACCAAUAAAUGCUGUGAUUAUUUCCAUCAUCCUACAAGUGAAAAAAGAAGGUGGUAUACAAAGAGGAACAACUGAAGUCUACUGACAUAGCAAAAAUGAAGUAUUUUAAAGAGGAGAGUGAAGACAUAAUAUAGUUGAACCAUGCAGAAUGAAACAUGAAGAUACUAAGGAAUGAAAAGAUCAUCCUACAUGUGAAGAAAGAAAAAAGGUGGUAUAUAAAGAGGAACAACUGCAAGUGUAACAACUGAAGAUUACUGACAUAAAAUGCAGUGUGUUAAAGAAGAGUUUAAAGAGGAGCUUGAAGACAUCAGUAUUACAGAAUCAUGCAGAAUUAAACAUGAAGAUACUGAGGAACAAAAAGACUUGAUACAAGUGAAAGAGGAAAGUCAAGAACUGAAUGACGUGGAGGAGAAACAUCAGUAUCAUACAUGCGAUAAUGUGGCUUGUGAAGAAGAUAUUAGUGGCUCAAAGACUGAAAAUAAUUUCUCACAGAAAAGAAUCCCAGGAACAAGAGCCAAAAAAUCUUUCACCUGCUCUCACUGUGGAAAGAGUUUCACACAAAAAGGAAACUUUAAAACUCACUUAAGAAUUCACACUGGAGAAAAGCCUUUUACCUGCUCUCACUGUGGAAAGAGUUUCUCAGCAACAUCAAGCCUUCAGAGUCACCUGCGGAUUCACUCUGGAGAGAAGCCUUUCACAUGCCUUCAGUGUGGAAAGAGUUUCAUACAUAAGAGACAGCAUUAUAUUCACAUGAAAAUCCACUCCGGAGAGAAGCCUUUUGCAUGUUCUCAAUGUGGAAAGAGUUUUGUACAAAAAGCAGAUCUUCAGCGUCACAUGAGAAUUCACACUGGAGAAAAGCCUUUCACAUGUCUUCAGUGUGGAAAGAGUUUUGUACAAAAAGCAGAUCUUCUGCGUCACAUGAGAAUUCACACUGGAAAGAAGCCUUUCACAUGUCUUCAGUGUGGAAAGAGUUUCACACAAGCAGGGAAUCUCAAACGUCAUCUGCAAAAUCAUUCUGGAUUAAAGCCAUUUAACUGUGAACAGUGUGGCAUGAAAUUUCUGCUGGUAUCUCAUCUAAAGGUACACCUGAGAACUCAUACAAAUGAGAAGCCUCACGUGUGCUCUUUUUGUGGAAAGAGUUUUAUUACAUCAUCAAACAUGAAAACACACGUGAGAGUGCAUACUGGAGAAAAGCCCUUCAAAUGCACUUCAUGUGGGAAGAGUUUCAGCCAAUCACGUAGUCUGAAGAUUCAUUUUAAAAAGUGUUGUCCAAAACUGUCAUAGUGAGAAUUUAAUUUCAGGGUCAAUGCUUUGUAACACUUCAGUCUUCACUAGUUAGUUCAACUUCAGUCAGUGAACUAGGUCUGGUGGCUGUAAUUUGGAAGUCAAAACCCCCACCCCAGAAAGGUUAGGACCCAACUCUUUAUGUGUCUAUUCUCUACAUCAAUGACCACCCCUUUGCCCAAAAUACAGAGUCUGGGGCAAAGUGAAACCCGAGUGCCCAAUACAUCACACACAAAACUCUGAACCUUCAACCAAAACUCCUGAAUCUUAACACACCCCGAAAAGACAUGGGUUAUGUCUCCAUCCUCUGAUUGGCAUCGCCAGCAGGUGGGUGUGUCUUUAAGACCAAGCCUAUACAAUCUAGAGGGGGUCCAAUAGAAUCAAUGUUGAAUCUUGAAUUGCAUAAGGCGGACCCUUGCAUCUCUAGAUGCAGACUUGACGUUUUUAGAAUCCUAGCCCACUCUCCCUCCUCCAAUACCAAGUUUACAUUUUUCUCCCAUAAUCUAUUGACAGAAGUUAAAGCUCUGUCCCCCAGACUCUGAAUUAGCAGGGAGUAAUACACUGAUGCCUCAUGACCUUUUCCAAAAGCAGUAAUCACCCGUUCCAGAGUGUCUGCUGCUUUAAGGGGGUGUAUGCUAUUCCCAAAAAUAGUACAGAGCAGGUGGUGCAACUGUAAAUACCUAAAGAACUGAGAUCUGGGAAUCCCAAAAUGUUGAACCAAAAUCUCAACACUCCGCUCUCAUAUAGGUCUCCGAGUGUAGUAACCCCCCCUCACAAUUCACUCUGACCAGCAAAAAGGGGACUUGUUGAUGCAUAAUUUGGGGUUCAGCCAUAUGCUCAUGGCAACAUUUAAAUAAAUGUCCGAAUUAAACACUCUGGACACUUUUGUCCAUACUGAGUGCAAAUGCGAGAUAUGGUGUAAUUUAACUUCUCCUGUUAGUUUGAUAGAAAGGCUUUGUAAUGGCGAAAUAGGGGCAAGAACUUCCUGUUCAAUACAAAACCAGGGAGGGGCUCUCUCAGGUGGAAGCGACCAAUGAGCCAAAUGUCUGAGACCGAACGCAUAAUAAUAAAAUCUUGGGUAGGCCUUGCCCACCUUUGUCAGUCAGCCUAUGCAUCUUACUGAAAAGUAAUCUGGGACGUUUCCCAUUCCAAAUGAAAGACUUCACUAUGCUCUCAAAUUGCUUGAAAUAAGAGAGGGGGACAUCUACAGGGAGAGAUUGUAGCAGGUAGUUGAAUUUUGGAAUACAAUUCAUUUUAUUAACAUUAACCUUCCCAAUCAACGAUAAAUGUAAUGAAGCCCUCCUGCACACAUCACUCAAACCUUUUUAUUAAAGGGUCAAAAUUAACUCUUAUUAAAUCACACACAUUUGCUGGGAAUAAAAUACCCAAAUACUUAAUGCCCUGUUUGGCCCACUGAAAGGCGCCCGGCUGAAAAGCUGUUAUUGGGCAGUAAUCUGUCAGUGACAAAGCUUUGGAUUUUGACCAAUUAACUCUGUAUCCUGAGAACUUAGAAAAGGAAUUAAUAAUUCUGUGGAGGCAAGGCAUAGAUCUAGAAGGGUCAGAGACGAAUAAUAAAAUAUUACCUGCAUAAAGCAGAAGCUUAUGUGCCAUACCUCCCACCACCACCCCUGGAAAAUCAUCCUCCUUUCUUAUUGCUGCUGGUAAUGGUUCCAGAGCAAGACAGAACAAUAAUGGGGAAAGAGGACAACCCUGCCAGGUGCCCCUAUCCAGAGUAAAAUAAUCUGAGAUCAAAUUCAAUUUAUUGAUUUCUAUCAACUUGUAGCAAAGAAAUAAUAAGGUGAACCCCAAUUUAAUUUCACUAUUUUUAAUGCAAUAUGUACUAGAUCAAAUCUAGUAGAUAACAGUUAUACAAAGUUAGGAUCAUUUAUAUGCAUAAAUAUGCGUUUCCACAUUUUUCUGUCCCUAACCAGUGUUAUGAUUGCCAGACAGAUAGUUUUAAGGGGAUGGAGGUCGGCUGGAGCACCCUCAUUUCAGGAGUGGUGCUCUGAGACGGGGAGGGUGGCGGCCUUUGAAAAGAAGACUGGGGAAAUGGGGUGGAUAUCUGGCGUUUCUGGAUGUGUGAUUAUUAUUAUUUAUUUAUUUUUGUUUUUGUGUCUGUAAUCAUGUAUGGCCACUGGGAUGAUGUUGGGGGCCAGGGUGGGGUUGGGGAUUGUGAGGCGGAGUGGUAAUAGUGGGGGUUAGCUGUUGAUUCUGUGUAUAUAUGUUUUGUUUUUCUGUGUUCAAUAUGUGAACCAAUAAAAA